AUGGCAGAUUACCUCGCAAAAGCCGAGGGGCUUGAGGUUUCUAGUCAGGAUGUGAUUGAUGAAAAGACUGCUAUCACAUCAACCUCAGAGGAAGAACCUGAUGUCGCUAAGGCUGAACACUAUGGAGAGAACGACCGUGACAGCGAUGAUGUUAUUAUCGUCAGUGGUGCCGACGCGGCCCAGCAUCUUCUACCACUUCGAGAUGACUUUGAGCAAACUGUGACUUUUCGCAGUAUGUUAUUGGCAUCCAUCCUAGCCUGUUUCCAGGCAGUGAUGAACCAGAUUUACAUGUUUAAACCGACUGCUAUCACCAUCCAAGGGACUUUCAUUGUCCUCAUCUCAUACUUUGUUGGGAAUGCGUGGGCUAAGUUUCUUCCUCGUGGCGAUAAGUUUGAGGCUCGCUGGAUGCAGAAAGGGGGCCAAGGCAAACUCCCUUUCUAUAUUACGGUCAUCAAGUUUAUUAACCCAGGGCAAUGGACUUUGAAAGAGCACGCAAUCUGUGCUAUCACUGCCACCUCUGCCUCGAAUGCCGCCGCUACCUCGGAAGUGUUUGCAGCACAGGAACUAUUCUAUAACAUGACGUUGAGUCCGGUUACAGUGAUUCUGAGUAUUAUUUCUAUUGGUCUGUUUGGCUACGGUCUUUGUGGCCUGAUGCGUCCUAUUGCUGUGUGGCAUGUCGAAGCUGUCUACUGGAGCACACUGCCUACUGUCAAGACCCUGCAGGGGUUACAUUGGCAACAAGUGAAGAAUUCCAGGCCUCUAAGAUACUUCUGGUAUGCUUUUGGCGGCAUGGCUUUUUACGAGACUAUCCCCGCCUACAUUUUCCCGUGGCUUAACUCAGUUUCGAUUCCCUGUCUAGCUGCUCAGAAAGCUACUGGUAACACGGCGGCAGUCCUGACCAACGUCUUCGGUGGAGCAACUAAUAAUGAGGGCAUGGGCCUAUUUUCCAUUAGCUUCGAUUGGCAAUAUAUCACCUCCUUCCAAACCGCUCUUCCUCUCAAGUUUCAAAUUCACCAAGCUGUCGGUUUUGUGGCCUGCCUGGUAGCUAUGGCUGGUAUAUACUAUGGGAAUGGUUGGGAUGCGCAGUCGCUACCUUUCAUGUCCACAAAGCUACUCUCGGCAAAUGGCACACAUUAUCCUGUCUCAAGCGUUUUCCCUGGUGGAGUGCUUGACGUCACUGCUUUGGAGAAGUACGGUAUACCAAAAUUGUCGGGGACAUUUGCAUUCGCCAUGUUUAUGGCCAACGCUGCAAUUGGCGCUCUGAUCGUCCAUUGUAUUCUCUUCUGGGGAUCUGACAUCAAGCGGGCGUACAAAAGUGCGAGAGCAGGUAGAUUCGACGAUCGUCACCACGAACAUAUGGCCAGGCACUACAAGGAGACCCCUUGGUGGUGGUACGUGAUUGUUCUGGUCGGAAGUUUCUUCCUUGGUCUUGUUGUAGUUCUUAAAGAGGACAUUGGGUUGCCAGCGUGGGCCUAUAUCAUCUCACUAGUCUGUGGAAUCAUCGUUGCUCCCUUUAGUACAAUUCUGUAUUCUCGCUACGGUAACGGCAUUGCUACUAACAGUUUGUCGAAGAUGCUAGCAGGCCUUCUAAUUCCAGGGCGGCCUGUUGGCAAUAUGUACUUUGCUGCUUUCUCUCACAACGUCAUCAUGAAUGUUGUGAAUUUAUGUAAUGAUCUGAAGAUGGGCGAAUACCUCAAGAUCCCCCCACGUGUGAUGUUCACGACACAAAUGUACGGGACUAUCCUUGGUGCUUUUGUCAAUUAUGCCAUCAUGAUUUCUAUUGUCUCGGGCAACAAAGAGCUUCUUACCUCUGGUAAUGGAAAUUCUUCCUGGAGCGGUGCUACCUUGCAAGCAUACAACACAAACGCGACAUCAUGGGCCCUAUCUUCUUAUCUGUACAAGAUUGGUCGCCAAUACGAGCUUGUUCCUUUGGGAAUGUUGAUUGGCGCCGGAAUUGUGGUAGUCCACCGAAUCUUCUACCAGUUUGUUCCCAAAAUUGGCAAAUUUGAUGUCUCGGAAAUCAACAUGCCCCAGUUUAUCCAAUAUGCGGGAUAUCUACCCUACAAUCAAUCUCAAACCUGUGUGAUUUACAGCUGGGUCAUCGCCGGAUUCUACGUGCAAUACUACCUUCGAAACUGGCACCCAAAGAUCUUCAAGGACUAUUCAUACCUUGUCACCGGUGCCUUUGACGGUGCUAGUUUGACUGUCUUGUUUAUCCUCUCGUUUGCUGUCUUUGGAGCUGCAGGAUCAGCACAUAACUUCCCGACUUGGUGGGGCAACAACGCAGAUGGCAAUUACGACUGGUGUCCGACAUCAGACUGA